CAUGUUCAACAGCUUAGGACAACAAUUGACAAAAGCACUGCCAUGUUUGACAAAGAGAAAGCACAAGAACGGUUGUCUAAGCUUUCUGGUGGUGUUGCUGUUAUUAAGGUUGGUGGAACUAGUGAGGCUGAAGUUGGUGAGAAAAAGGAUCGGGUUACAGAUGCUCUGAAUGCAGCAAAAGCGGCUGUGGAAGAGGGUAUUGAACCAGGUGGCGGUGUUUCUCUUUUAUAUGCUACAAGGGAAUUAGAUAGAAUCCCAACGAAGAACAGUAACGAGAAAAUCGGAGUUCAAAUCAUUCAGAAAGCUUUAAAGGCACCUGCUUAUACAAUUGCUGCAAAUGCUGGUGUGGAUGGUACUUUAGUCAUUAGCCAACUUCUAGAACAACAUGGCCUAAAUUUUGGCAAUGAUGCUGCAACAGGUGAAUAUGGUGACCUGGUGAAGGCUGGAAUUAUUGAUCCUCUCAAAGUCAUGAGGACUGCUUUAUUAGAUGCUGCAAGUGUCUCGGUUCUACUGACAACCACUGAAGUAGCAGUGGUAGAUCUAGAAGAGGAUAAAGCUAACCCUGGAGCUAGUCGAAUGCCACAAAUGGAGGACAUGGAUUUAUGAGGAAAACAGAGUUGCACAAAACGUUAAAAAAUG